UUGCUAGCUGUAACAUUUAAAAAAAACAAAGGUGGAUACGAGUUGCAAGUAAUGUCAGGUAACAUGUGUAAUUAAUUGCUCAUGUUCUGAUAUUUUCUUAAUAUUUAUGAACAUAUACUUCAGCUAUUUAAGUGGUUUCUGGCGAAUACAUCAUAAUAUUUAACUACAAACGUCAAGGUAACGUAAUCUGUUUAAAGUUCCCAGUGCUAGCUAUAGGUUAGCUUCUCUCAGCUCCUACGUUACACAUCAGGAAGAAAGUAAACUACUGAGAAAAACGUCGACUUCUCCUGGUUAAAUAUCUCUAGCUUUCACUGAACUUACCGCCCCAGUGUAUCCUAAAAAAAAAAAAAAAUGUCAGUGCCCUUUUCCAACACCCACCUGCGGGUCCCGCGAGGUUUUGGUGCCAUCCUGGAGGGUCUGACCAGAGAGAUCCUCCGAGACCAGCCUGAAGACAUUCCUAAAUAUGCUGCACAUUACUUCGAUGCUCUUCUCAAACAAAGAGAAGAUAGUGGCACAGACCCUGCAGAGUGGGCUGCUAGACUGCAGGAUAGAUUCUACAACAACCAUGCAUUCAAGGCUACUGAGGCUAGUCCUGAAAGAAUAACUGCAUCGGAGGCGACCUUUUCCAAAGAAAAAUCAUACGAGUCCCAAACUGAAGAUGAAUCCAGUCAUUCAGUAGAAGCCUCAAAUCUUCCCACCACACAGCCUAACGUCUCUGAAGAGGUUGAUUUAACUGAAAGCACAGGAGGAGAAGAAGAAGGAGAAAAAGAAGAAAAACAUGAUAUUACAGAAAAACUAGUUAUUUCAACAGAAAAGGGACUUUCAGAAGAGGAAUCACUGAACCUGCCUGUACAGCCAGAUGAACUGAGUGCGACAGAGGAGGAGACAGACCCAACAAUAACUACAUUUGACCCAGCUGACAGGGCAGCUAAUGAAAAAUAUAUUCUGUCUGUUCUAGACCAAGACAUACCUCAGUCUGAGUUAGAGCCCACUGACUUGUUAUCAUCAGUCAGAGGGGUUUCGAAUGUAGAUGUGUGCGCUCAGGAGUUAGAAACAGUAGAAGAUGACGGAGCUGAUAAACAAGAGACUGCAAUUGUAGAUGAAGAGAUUGUUGUCGCAGAGGGAGAGGAAAAAACUGAAGUUGAACCAGUGGAGGUCUUUCCAUAUUCUGGGCUAGCUGAUGUGGAUGUUUGUGCUACAGAACUUAUAGGAACAGAGAGAGCAAUCGAAGGAACCACUGCUGAAGAUACACAUGUCAUGGAUGAGGAAAGCUUGCAACCCCGACUUGAGGAAACUGUUGUACAGUCAUCAUUGCCUCAGUCUGAAACCCAUGAGGACAAUCAACAAGAAGCAGAAGACCAGUCUGAAAAAACAAAGGAGGAGGAAGGAACAGAGGCUGAGAUUUCUUCUGGGAGAAUGCACGGAAGUUUAACUCAUAUAGAGGGUCGUUUAGAAAGUAAUGUCAUACAAAAUGAGGAUUCAUUGGUUGAAGUCAGCUUUGAAGAUGUUCCAGAGGCUCGGCAGAUUAAAGAGGUUGGGGAGAAUCAGCCAGAGGACGAGGAUUCAGUGGAGCAGACUAAGAUAUUAGAAAUACAACAGGAGGAGGAAUCCAAGGAAGUUACAUCAGUGGCAACACACCAAAAUAUAUCAGGUUCACAAGACCACAAUGAGCCGGAAAUGGUUAGAGUUGAAGAGGAAGUUAACCCUGAAGGGGAAGAAAUGGAAAGUCAGCAUGAAGUAUUUGAUAUAAGGAAUGAGAAGGUGGACACAAAUGACUCUAAUUUAAAUGAUAGUGAGGAUGAUGAGCCUGGAGAAGGUGUUAAAACCAUCAGCUCAUCACAUCAGCCCACCUCCGAGGCAGACGAAAAGAACAAGGAGGAUGAAACCGAUCAUGAAAAUGAAGAUAACAAGAAGAUAAGUGAAGGCGAAUUUCACCAGAGCAAGUCGAACGACACUGGCUUUAAAGAAGAGGGAACAACAAACUCAGUAGGAGGAGACAAAGAGGACAUAUGUGAGGUGGAGGAUCAAGAAAUGAAUGAUGGUGGUGCUGAGAAUCAUUUAUCACAAUUAACCCAGUCAAAUAUAUUAACUGCUGCAGCGGAGGCAGAGAGUGAAACUUUAGAGGCAAGUGCGCAACAUCUACCAGAGGAGAACGAGGAGAGUCAGAGACCACUUGUAGAGUCACAGGCAGAGGAUACAGUGGUACAAAAAGAGGACACAUCACAGGAGAGAACAUCAAAAGCAGGGGGACUUGUUGAAGAAGAAAAGAUUGAUUCUGAAAUACAAGAGAAGAGUGAUGCAAUGUGUGAAGAGAGCAACAUCAGUCCCACUCAAAGUGCAGAUCAGCCGGCUGCUGACCACCAAGGGGAGGAAAGGCCACUUGAGUCUGAAGGCGACAGUGGUGACAAGCAGGAGGACUGCAGCCGGCCCCAGGAGGAGGAGGACAUCAUGGACAUCCCACUGGAUGACCCCGAGGCCAACAGGGCUGCUGCCAAGAUCCAGGCUGGCUUCCGUGGCCACAUGACCCGUAAGAAGAUGAAGCCGGAGGACAAAGCAGAAGGGGAGGAGGUGAGCAGCACUGGGGAUGUGCUCAACGGCAGCCAGGGGGACACAGAGACAGGAGGAUCGGGGGCAGUAGAGAGAGACGACACAUCUGUGCCAGAGCAGUGACGCCCCUGUCCUGACCUGGAUGAAGAGAAAGAGGGGAAGUGAGGUAGCGAGAGAUGGCUGGCAUAAGCCGGCUGGGCUGGCUUUCAGGCACACCUUUUUACCCCAGGAGUCAUUUUCUUUUUCCACACAAAUUAGCAGUAGAAAAUGAAGCGACAGUUUUGAGGGUGUGUUAUGUGAAUUUUUGUGAACUUUAACACUCCUUCUCUGCUUCUCCAGCAGUACGGAUGUCUUUGACCCAGAAUUUGCAACUCACUGCAUGUACUUGUGAAACUUCUGGUAGUGUGCUAGUUUUUAGAUGAUGAUCUGUGAAUGUGAAAAUGAAUGUCCUCUAAAUGCUAAACAGGGCUUAUUUUGGAUGGAUCAGUUCAUACCAUCUGUGUAUAAACCUUGUAUGCAUCAGCGUUAGACUUUGCGUAAUUAGUGGCUUAAAUUAUUUGUUAUUUUGCGUUGUUUUCUUGUGUGCUUGUAUCUUGACUAUUAUUUACCUAUUUGACUUGCUUACAAAAAUGAUUAAAACAUCAAAAACAUCAAAAGAGAAGUAGCUAUGUAUGUUCUAUUUAUUCUAAGUUACUCAAUUCAGAUUGCAUUUGCCUUGAUUAUCUUUUUGAUCACAUGAUAAGUAAGUUCUCUUUUCACCUUUUCAAGCAUUUUCUAUAAAUCUGAUCUUCCAGAACAGUAAGCAUGCAGUAAUUACACUUUUUUUCCAGAUGCAUUUGGUACAGCUUUACCUUAUGAGACACUGGUUCAAUAUGCUCUGUUGUUGUGUUGGUGGGUUCGACUUGUUUGACUUGUUAAAUCAGGUGUGUGAAAUUUCAUUGUUAAAGAUUGCAGAGCCAUCAUGCUUUAAAACUGAUUAAAUAGUACAUUGCUGAACUUUGCUGUAGAGUCAUGGCAUUACACUAAUAAAUCCACCUUAAAUAUA